UAGUGGGGACUUGAAUCUAAAAUUACAUUUAGUAGUCUAGUGGAAUAAAAAGUAGUUGUUGUGAUAAGUGAUAAGUGAUAAGUGAUAAGUGAAUGUUAGAUUCAAAAUAACAAUGAACGAUUACAGUAUACAAAUUGCUGACAACUUUAUCCAUUUGGUUUCAAACACGGAUGAAUUUGCAGCGGUUCGAAUUUAUUUGAGAUGGCUCCGAGAUCAUUGUAGAUGUGACAAAUGCUAUAAUAAAGAAACUUUUCAGCGGAAACUCACGUUGCUAGAGUUGCCUAGUGAAUUGACGAUUGAAAAAUUGAGAAUCGAUAACAAACAGCUUCAAAUACUAUGGAAUGACAAACAUGAAUCUGACUUUUCCAUCCUUUGGUUAUUAGAAAAUAAUUAUGAGCAUUGUCAAAAAAAACUGAAUUAUUUAAAGAAAACAUUAUGGUGCGGAGAUGUAGAAAUUAAUGAUUUUGCACAUGCAAAUCGCGAUGAUCUUCUAGCGGACGACGAAGUGGCUAAGAAAAUCGUAGCAUCUUUAUACCAAUAUGGAAUUGCACUUGUGCACCAGGUUAAUCCGACAGAAUGUGAUACUGAAUUGGUAGUGAAACGUUUAUUUCCUAUCCAGAGAACUUUGUUCGGCGAUAUGUGGACGUUUAGUGAUGAAAUGACGCACAGUGACACCGCAUACACAAAAUCUGCAUUGGGAGCUCACAAUGACAACACCUACUUCUUCAACGCAGCUGGACUGCAAAUACUCCAUUGUUUAGAACACACUGGACAUGGUGGUGAAACGUUACUUAUAGAUGGUUUUAAUAUAGCAAAUAGUAUGCGGAAAGAAAAUUUUGAAUGCUUCAAAAGAUUAACUGAAAGAGUCGUAUCAUCUGAAUACAUUGAGACAGGAUAUCAUUACACUGCUGAAGGACCAAUUAUUAGGCUCAAAAACGGUAGCGAAGAACUGGAACAAAUUAGGUUUAAUAUCUACGAUCGAGCUAUCGUCAAAAUUCCGGAACAUGAUAUGCAAAAUUAUUAUGGUGAUAUGAAACUUUUAAGUUCAUACAUUACGAAUCCGAAAUUCGAAUUAUGGUUCAAACUCCAACCUGGAACAGUUUUACUUUUCGACAACUGGCGAAUUUUUCAUGGUCGUGCGGCUUAUACAGGGCACAGAGUUAUGAGUGGGUGUUAUGUUUCAAGAGAUGAUUGGUUAUCAAAGGCCAAAACAAUGAAUAUUAUUUGA